ACUUUUUGCGGGUCGAUUACGAUUCCAUCUUUGCCGCCAGUUCGGUUUUGGCUCCUCAGGAGGCAGCAAGGAAGUUGUACGAUUGCACGAUGUGCGGCAAAACCUUCACCAGCAAAUCCGGGAUUGUCAAGCACCGGCGGAUGCACUCGGGGCGAGUGGUGGCCUGCCCAGAUUGCGGGAAGGAGUUCACGUGUAAUUCAGAACUGGUGGCACACCAGAGGACUCACACCGGUGAGAAACCUUUUCCUUGCUCCGCGUGCGGGAAGUGUUUCUCCACCAACACCAACCUGGUGGCGCACCAGCGCAUUCACACGGGAGAGAAACCUUAUGCAUGUACCGAGUGCGGGAAAUGUUUCACCAGCAGCUCAGACCUGGUCAAACACCAGAUCAUUCACACCGGGGAGAAACCGUUCUGCUGCUUGGACUGCGGCAAGGGCUUCACCAGCAAAUCCAACCUGGUCAAACACCAGAGGAUCCACACGGGUGAGAAGCCCUUCCUGUGCUCCGAGUGCGGAAAAGGUUUUGCCAUCAAGUCCAACCUCAUCAAACAUCAGGUGGUCCACACUGGUGAAAAGCCCUACCCGCCCCGAGUGCGGCAAGUGCUUCUCCAACCAAUCCAACGUGGCCAAGCACCAGCGGACGAGGGAGGUUGGUGAACGUCUCAUCAGACAUCACGCUCCAUGUGACGCAAACCUCAGAACUCAGACUCAUGUGGAAGGGCUGACCUUCAGGUGCCACGAGUGCAGCGAUUAUUUCACCAGUAAACGAGAUUUGGAUGACCACCAUACUGUCCACAAGAGCAAGAAGCCACAUGUAUGUUCACAUUGCGGGAAGAGCUUCUCGUACCAGUCACAGCUCCUCAUCCACGAGAGGACCCACACUGGGGAGAAACCUUUUGCUUGUGCUGACUGUGGCAAAUGCUUCAACCAGUACGUCCACCUGGCCAUCCACCAGAUGAGCCAUACCGGAGAGAAGCCCUUCGCCUGCACAGAGUGUGGAAAAAGCUUCAACCGAAAGACUACGCUCACCAUCCACCAGCGAGUCCACACUGGUGAGAAACCCUUCUACUGCUCCGACUGUGGCAAAUACUUCAGCACCAGCUCCAACCUCAUCAAACACCAGCGAGUCCACACCGGGGAGAAGCCAUACUCCUGUCCUGACUGCGGGGAGCUCUUCGUCCACUACACCCAGCUUAUUCGCCACCAGGCCAGUCAUGCUGCCCUGGACAAGCAGAAGGCGCACUCGGGGCUGAGGCCGUUCUCCUGCCACUACUGCCGGAAGAGCUUCAUGAGGAAGGACCAAUGCCUCAUCCACCAGAGGACUCACACCGGGGAGAGGCCGUACUCCUGCUCCUACUGUGAUAAGCGUUUCUUCCAGAGGUCACACGUGCCGGUUCAUGAAAGGACCCACACCGGGGAGAGGCCCUUCGCCUGCGUCUUCUGUGGGAAGUGCUUUCUGCAGCGGGAACAGUGUGAGGCGCACCAGAGGACCCACCUGGGGGAGAAGCCGUACCCAUGCUGCUACUGCCACAAAGGCUUCAGCCAGAAGGCCCAGCUAGUCAUCCAUGAGAGGGUCCACACAGGGGAAAAGCCCAUCUCCUGCCCUGACUGCGGCAAGUGCUUCUCUCAGAAGUCCAAACUCAUCACCCACCAGAGGAUUCACACGGGGGAGAAGCCAUACGCCUGUGUGCAGUGCGACAAAUGCUUCAACACUCAGACCAGCCUGGUACUGCACUGCCGGGGCCACACCGGGGAGAGGCCGUACCAGUGCACUGAGUGCAGCAAGUGCUUCACCCACAGGUCUGUCUACAUCAAGCACCAACGGGUUCAUACUGGAGAGAAGCCCUUCUCCUGCUCCAUCUGCGGGAGGUGCUUUUCCCAGAAGUCCCCUUUGGUAACCCACCAGCGCACUCACACAGGGGAGAAGCCAUAUGCCUGCGGCGACUGUGGCAAGUGUUUCUCCCAGAAGGGGCACCUGCUUCACACCGGCGAGAAACCUUUCCCCUGUGCAGACUGCGGCAAGAGCUACACCAACAAGUCACAGCUGGUCAAACACCAGAAGGUCCACUCAGGAGUGAAGCCAUUCACCUGCUCGGAGUGCGGCAAGUCCUUCACCCAGAAGGCCGACUUCCUGGUUCACCAGCGGGUUCACACAGGAGAGAAGCCCUACCCAUGCUUAGAAUGUGGAAAACGAUUCAGCAUCCACCAGAACCUGGUCCUUCACCAGAGGAUCCAUACUGGCGAGAAACUCUACUCCUGUUCAGAAUGUGGCAGAGGCUUCGCCCGCAAGGCCGACCUCAUUGUUCACCAACGUAUUCACACCGGUGAGAAACCAUUCACCUGCACAGAGUGCGGCAAGAGCUUCAGCCUCCAUCAGAACCUCAUCCUCCAUCAAAGAGUCCACACAGGGGAGAAACCCUUCCUCUGUUCCCAGUGCGGCAAGAGCUUCAGACAAAAGUGUACACUCAACCGCCACGUUCGGAUCCACCAAGGACAGCAACGCUCUGCUAGGUGUAAAAAGUCAUGA